UCCGGCGGCGCGGCGCGGACUUCCGGCGGCGCGGCGAGGCGCGGCGGCGCGGCGCGAUGCGGAUCGAGAAGUGCUACUUCUGCUCGGGGCCCAUCUACCCGGGCCACGGCGUCAUGUUCGUGCGCAACGACUGCAAGAUAUUUAGAUUCUGCAAAUCAAAAUGCCACAAAAACUUUAAAAAGAAGCGAAAUCCUAGAAAGAUCAGAUGGACCAAAGCCUUCCGGAAAGCAGCUGGCAAAGAAUUAACAGUGGAUAAUUCAUUUGAGUUUGAAAAACGUAGAAAUGAACCAGUGAAGUAUCAGAGAGAGUUGUGGAAUAAGACUGUUGAUGCAAUGAAGAGAGUGGAAGAAAUCAAGCAGAAACGCCAGGCUAGAUUUAUUAUGAACAGAUUAAAGAAGAGCAAAGAGUUGCAGAAGGCAGAAGACAUCAAAGAAGUCAAACAGAAUAUCCACCUUCUUCGUGCUCCACAUGCAGGCAAACCGAAACAACUGGAGGACAAAAUGGUGCAGAAGCUACAAGAGGAUGUGGCUAUGGAGGAAGAUUCGUAAAAUGCUUGUGCAUUUAUAUUUGUGCCUCUUCAACAGUUAGCAGUUGCUAACCGUCUCUCCAGGCAUCACUCAGAACUGUGCUUAUAUAGUUGAAGAAAAAAUACUUUUCAUUGAAUAGUGCUCACUUACAGGUUAUCUAGUUUUUGUCCUCGUAAAAAAUUAAGUAAUACUUGUAAAAUGGUGGUUCUUAUGGAUAAUGGUUUGGGCAGUACUUACAGUUAUCUAAUUUAACAAAACCUUGUCAAUAGGUUGGAAAAUAAAGCAUAUUGUUUGUGAUACUUUAUACUCUUUUUUUUAUCAAGAAAAACAGUGUAAUUUUCAUUUUCCCUGAUAAAAUCAAGGUAUAAAAUAUACUGGCCCUGGACUUAUUUUUAUCUGAUAGUUGUCUGUAGUGGUAAAAGCAGAUUUAAAAGGUAUCUUAAUAUUUACAAGUUGGAACAAUGCAGAUUUGUUUUCUGUCUGCUUUUUGGGAAUAUUUUUCAGCUUAUAUUAUAAAUGCAGAUUGUAUGUAGGUUUUUUUUUUCUCCUCUGUGUUUGAGUUAGAUUUCCCAAGAUUAGAUUGUAAUUGAUGUCUAAAGAUUAGUUUAUAAUUGAUGUCUAAGUCUGGCAAAGCUAACAUAGAGGCAGGCCAUACUGCCAUUUGGAAAAUAACAGGAAUAGUGAUAGCUUACAGCUUGAAGUUGGAACCAUCAACAUCCUCCCAAACUACUGAAACUCAAGUCUGAAAUGUAAUCAGGCUGAUUCAUAUGCUCAGUAAAUCACACUUUUGAGUGUUUAUAAUGUAACAUAACAGGAUUAUUUUGAUAGCAAAGAUAAUCAUAUUAAAGUAUAAAUAUAUUGCGUAUCAUAUUGGUAUUCAUCUUUUUCAUGUCAUCAGUAUUCAGAUAAACUGCUCUUUCAGACAAUCAACAGUUUAUUUACAACUGUAUGAUUAGAGAAAUCUUUAAAAAGCCUUUAAAAUAGCAUUUAUCUCUUGUUAGUACUAACUACCCUGAAAAAUAAUUAUUUGUAGUUCUGUUCCAAACUUGAGUAUGUGCUAAAUCAGUUGGAAAAAUUACUUGUGUACUGCUUACAUGUGUAUUGCAUAACUUGGGAAAGAAUUAGAUUUGAACAUUUUAAGAUAGGUGACAGUGGGGAAUGUGUGACAUGAAUAGGGCAUUGUACUCAAAAUUUUUAUCUCUUAAUUUACCAAUUAUGUUUAGAUAUUUAGAAAGUUUUGAUACAUUUGGGGGAUAUAAGAGCUUAAUUCAAACAUAACUUCAUGGAAUAAACAAAAGAGUUUGUAUACUUUAAAAUUUGCUAAUAAGGUGAUGUCAUCUUGUACGUAUUUUGUAUGUAUAGUAUUAGUAUUUCCCAUAUAAACUGUAAUAUAGAUAACAUCUCAAAGGUAUAUAAUAAAUUGACCAGGAAAUACA